GACCGUUUUGCGGCUGGCCUUUUUGUCAACACUCUACAUCCUCUCCAGCUUCAUUUCAUAACUUUCAAAUCAUGAUUAGAUAGAAAACAAGUGGCAACUUCGUCGAGCUGAGAAGAUUUUUUUUCACUCACAAGCUGCAGAGAUGGCUCACUGGGGGCAGCAGGGGGAGAUGACGGAGUACAAGAAGAGCAUGAUCAAACGGGAGAUGGAGAUGGGCGUGGUCAUGACGGUGUUCCGACAGAAGGCGGAGCGGCUCACCGUGCAGGUCAUCAUGGAGACCCGGCAGGUGGCAUGGACACGCACCGCAGACAAGAAUGAUGGUGUCUUGGACCUGUUUGAGAUCAGAGAGAUCCGUGAAGGGAGGAACUCCAAGGACUUUGAGCGCUUUAAAGAUGGCAAAGACAAACACAAUGAAAAUACCUGCUUCACAAUCUUCUACGGCUCACAGUUUGUUCUCAGCACCUUGAGUCUGGGAGCUGAUACUCCGGAGGAGGCGCAGAAAUGGCUGACAGGACUUGAACUGCUGAGGCAGGAGACAUUGGUGGCUCCAUCUCCAGUUCUUAUAGAGAGUUGGCUGAGGAAGCAGAUGUAUGCAGUCAAUCAGACAAAAACAAACAGCAUCUCCAUGAAGGAGCUGAAGGCUUUGCUUCCUCUGCUCAACUACAAGGCUCCUAGCUCUCGAACCCUCAAAGACAGAUUCCUGGAAGUGGGAGCAAAGAAAGACCGCCUGGAUUUUGAGCAGUUUCAUAAAUUGUACAAUCUUAUAAUGUUUGAACAGAACGAGAUCCUUGAAGAGUUCAAAAAGGAAUCAUGUGCUUUUAUUCUUGGUAACACAGAUAAGCCUGAUGCCUCAGCAGUUCUGCUCCAUGAUUUCCAGCGAUUUCUCAUCUACCAGCAGAAGGAACCAUGGGCCAGCGAUUUGAACCAGGUCAGAGAACUGAUGACCACCUUCAUCGACGACACAAUGAGAAAAACCAACGACCCUGAGUUUACCGUCAGCGAGUUCCUCAGUUUCCUGUUCUCCAAGGAGAACUCUGUGUGGGACGAGAAGUACUCAGAGAUCAGCAACCUGGACAUGAACAACCCUCUGUCCCAUUACUGGAUCAACUCCUCACACAACACCUACCUGACAGGUGAUCAGCUUCGUAGUGAGUCCUCCACAGAGGCUUAUGUACGGUGUCUGCGCCUGGGAUGCCGCUGUGUUGAAUUGGACUGCUGGGAAGGACCUGGGGAGCCAAUCAUCUACCACGGCUGGACCAGGACGACCAAGAUCAAGUUUGAGGAUGUGGUUAAAGCCAUCAACGAUCACGCUUUUGUCACCUCAGAGUAUCCAGUCAUCCUGUCCAUUGAGGAACAUUGCCCACUGGAGCAGCAGCGCCAGAUGGCUCGUAUCUUCAAAGAAGUGUUUGGAGACAAACUGCUGACUGAAUCUGUGGAACAGAUGGCUGAGCAGCUACCUUCACCCACACAGCUGAAGGGCAAGAUCAUACUCAAGCACAAGAAGCUCAGGGAGGGAGGAGCAACCACCAAAGAUUUAAGGAAGGGGCAGAAACAGGGACAACUGGAGAUGUGGGACCCUGUGGACCAGCGGUGGAACAAGCACUACUGUGUGAUCUCUGAUGACAAGCUGUACUAUUCAGAGGAGAAUGAGGAGGAGGAAGAAGAUCUCAGAAAGUUCCAGGACCUGCACUCUACCGAGCCAUGGUUUCACGGUCGCAUGAAGGAGGGCAGGCUGAUGGCCGAACGACUGAUCUAUGAUUACUGUGCAGAGACCGGGGGAAGAGAUGGGACCUUCUUGGUCAGGGAGAGUGACACUUACGUGACAGACUUCACUCUCUCCUUCUGGCGCAGUGGAAGAGUCCAGCACUGUCGUAUUCGCUCUGGUUCAGAGGGAACACACCAAUAUUUCUUCCUGACGCCAAACCUGCACUUUCCCAAUGUGUAUGCUUUGAUCCAGCACUACAGAGAAAACCCGCUGCGGUGCCAAGACUUUGAGCUGCGCCUCACUGACCCUGUACCUCAGCCCAACCCACAUCUAAAAGAAGGGUGGUUCUACAGUAGCCUGAGCAGAGGUCAGGCCGAGGAUUACCUGCUGAGGAUUCCCAGAGAUGGAGCUUUCCUCAUCAGACAGAGGGAAGGAGAAGCAGACUCCUAUGCCAUCACUUUCAGAGGUGACGGGAAGGUGAAACACUGCCGGAUCCAGAAGGAGGGCGCCAUGUAUCUGCUGGGCACCACUACAGAGUUUGAGAGCCUGGUGGAUCUGGUCAACUACUUUAAGAAGAAGCCACUGUAUCGCAAGAUCAAGCUUCGUUACCCAGUCACCCCUGAGCUAGUGGACCGUUUCAGCACAGAGAAAGACUGUGCCUCUCUGUAUGAAAUGAAGACAUAUGUGGAACCCAACGAGAUUGAGCCGUCACUGCCUCAGAGCACUGUUAAGGCUAUAUAUGCCUACCAGGCUGUAAGGCCAGAUGAGCUCAGCUUCAAUAAAGGCGCUUUGAUACACAACGUAUCAAAGGAGAAUGAUGGAUGGUGGAAAGGUGACCAUGGUGGAAAGCUGCAGCUGUUCUUCCCAGCCAACUAUGUAGAGGAAGUGUCCAACAACACCAAGCCUGAGACCAAAGGACAGGAUAUGGAAGAUAAUCCACUGGGGGAACUAUGUAAGGGUGUCGUGGACAUCUCCAGGUGCAACAUCCAGAACUUGAAGAAUGGUAAAAACAAGAAGCCCCAUGUGUUGACCCUGCAGGACAAAGAGCAGGACAGUCUGCAGUUUGACCUGGCAGCAGACUCUCUGGAGGAGCUGUUUGCAUGGUACCAGGUGGGCUGGGACAUCACUCAGAGGGAGAUGAACAAGCAGUACAACAGAGAACAAGAGAUCAGGCAGCAGGAGGAAGUGGAGAAGAAGGCAGAGGUUGCCAUGGAGAUGUCGGACUUGGUGGUCUACUGUCAGCCGCGCAGCAAGGACAAAGACCGCUUUGACGGUUACACCUACACAGAGAUCCGUUCCUUCGUGGAGAAUAAGACGCCGGGGAAGAGCCGCACCAAAGACUUCCUGCAGUACAACCGCAAGGCUCUGAGUCGGAUCUACCCAAAAGGCCAGCGUGUGGAGUCUUCCAACUACGACCCCUACUCUCUGUGGGCUGUGGGCUGUCACAUGGUGGCUCUCAACUUCCAGACUGCAGAUAAAUACACCCAGCUGAACAGUGCUCUCUUCAGUCUGAAUGGAUGCACAGGUUACAUUCUGCAGCCGGAGCUCAUGCGCUAUGAUAACUACGACCCUCUACAGAAGAAGAAAAUCAAGUACAACAUCGUGGUUAGGGUGAUUGCUGCCAGACAUCUUCCUAAGCCUGGCCGCAGCAUCGCCAGUCCAUUCGUAGAGAUCGAGCUGUGCGGACACACUGAAGAAAAGUUUAAGACCAUCGUCUACCGAGACAACGGUCUGAACCCAGUGUGGAAAGCCCCAGCCGAGCCUGUGGUCUUCACUGUGUAUGAGCCUGAGCUCACCUUCCUGCGCUUUGUCGUCAACGAGGAGGACAUGUUCUCAGACCCCAACUUCCUGGCUCAGGCCACAUUUCCCGUCAAAGGCAUUCGCUCUGGUUACCGCUCUGUACCACUAAAGAACGGCUACAGUGAAAACUUAGAGCUAGCCUCUCUGUUGGUCUACAUCAACGUCCAGCAGGCAGGGAAAGCGGAGGAGGAGCUGUACUCGUCCUCCAGUCAGCUGAAGAAAAAGCAGGCGGAGGUCUGCAGCGAACCCUUCCUGUACGACACACACACCAACAUCCAGCCACGCUCCGCUGUCCCCCGCCAACACAACAACCUCAUGAGAGAGUACAGCACCAGCGAGAGACACAAGACAAAAGAAAAGAAAAUAAACAACAGCAAGUUCUACUCCUGAGGACUCAAAUGAACAUCUGUCCUUCCUGCCUGAGUGAUGGAGAAAUGCCAACUACAAAUUGUGUUGUAAUUUUUUUCAUUUUUAUAUGAGAAUGGUCCCAAAAAAGUCAAGAGUCCAAUGUUACUCAAUGGUUUAAUAUUUAUUUAAAGUUAGGAAAUCAGCGCUGAACAGUCCUACAUUCAAUCUGUUUUCAAACUGCAUUGUUGCAUUAGAGCUGGACAACACAACAUAUUUAGGUGAUAUUUAUUUUUAAUGAAAGAGGAGAAGUGAAACAGUAGAUUGUCCGUCUGCCAGGGAGCUUGUGUUGAAUUCAUCGUUUUUUAAUUUAAAAAAAAAAAAUUUAGCAUCUGCUUUCAAAUAUUGAUGAGUGUAACAGACAGAGGCAAACUGAUGGUGUAGAAAAGUUGUUUUUUUUUUGCUCUGCGUGACAUAAUUUUCUCUGUACGAUGAUGUUUGUAUUCUUUGAAAGUCAAGUCAGAUGAAUGAAAACGUAAUGAGAACAUUUCAUGUAUUUAAUUUGUACCGCACUUUUCAUUCAUUCAUAGUGAAUCUCAAAAAGUUGUUGAAUUAUGUUGUAAUGUUUAUGUCUCUGCUAUAUUUCCCCUGUGAUUUCCUUAUGAAUUGAGCCAAUAAAGUAUG